AUGUCUCUCUGGCCCGCGUCGUCUGGCGAAGAUCAGGGACCUCGGGAUAGCGCCCCAGCCUCGUCGCGGCCGAGAGUUCUCUGCGUAGAGCGCGGCGGGCGCAGAGCAACCGACACCAACAACAAGCUCGGCUUGGGCGACGGCCGCGGCCGCUCCGACCCCGCUCGUCCCUCCUUCAGCUCCAAGAUUCCUGCUACUACAGCCUUCCGCGGAGAAGGAGCAGCAACAGCGGUGGCGCGCCAUGGAUCGCCUAGGUGCGACGACGCCGGCAUCAGGGGAGUUGUCCAGGAGCAGCCGUCAGUCGUGGCGGGCUCUCUCAACGCGUUUCUCAACAGCGCGUACGCGGGCGGGCCCGCCACGGGAGAAGCUGCAGGCGGCGGCGGCGGCGGGGGUUCUGUGCGAGCACCUUCUGUUGGUGUCGGCGGGGGCGGUGGCGGCGGCGGCGGCGGGUCUGUUUUCGGCGGUGUGGGCGGAGGCCCGUUACGGCAGCUCAUCGAGACCAAGGAGAGAGAGCUGCACGAGAUUCAUGACUUCAGGCUGAGGUCUCUGGAAGGCCUUCUGGAGGAACGCGAAGCGACUCUGGCGGAUUCGUUCGCGAGGUACGACAAAUUGAAGGAGGACUUCAAGUUCAACUUGGGUCUGAUCGAGGACCGCGAUGUUGAGCUGGGGCGGUACGAGGCCGCCUUGCAAGGAUUGAAGGAGAGCCUGCGAGAUAAGGAAGUUGAGGCUAGCGAGGUGAAGAUGAGACUGGAUGAAGCGUUGUGCGUGAACAGGCAGGCUGCGGCUAGGGAGAACGAGCAGCAGGGCUACUGGCAGGCAAAGUGCAAGGCGUUGCGAGACGAGAUGGACGGGCUGAGAUGGGCUCGCGAAGAGGAGUCGAGGGCAAGCAGAGAGAGAGCGGAGGCGCAGAGAGCGGCCUUGACGCGAGAGGGCGAGCUAACCCUUCAGCUGAGGGAGGUUGAGUCGCGGUGUGCGGACCAGGCUCGGCGGCGGGAGAGGGCCGAGCGAGAGGCGGCGGAGCUCAAGGAAAGUUCCAAGAAAUUUCGCCAGGCCUUGGAGGCGGAGGAGAAAGUCAGUCGGGGGUUGCGGUGGGAGCUCGAGGAUCGCCAGCAGAUCGCCGCCGCUGAGAACGAAGAAGCCGCAAGAAGAGCCGGGGAGUUGGAGAACGAGUACGAGGCCGCCGUGUGUUCCGGAGAGGAGAGGCUGAGGGAGGUCUUGGGGUCUCUGCACGCCGUCGAAAAGGCGUUCGUGCAGCACAAGGACAGACAAAGACUGGAGGAACAAGCGUUCCAGAGGAAGGAGGAAGACCUUCGGUCGGAGUUAGAGGCCUGCGGGUCGAGGGCGGCGGGGCUCGAGAAGGCUGUGUCGGAGGGGGGGGAGAGGGAGGCGGAGCUGAGAAAAGUCGUGCGGGCGGCGAGGGAGGAACAUAGCCGAGAAGCAUCCGUCCUCCGGAAGCAAACCGCCGACCGGGAGGCCGCGCUAAAGAAGGACAUCGACCAGGCGAAAGGGGCAGCGGCAGCUCUCAAGGACGCUAACCUUUCCCUCGAGGGAACGGUGGCCGGCCUGAAGGACAGGGAAGCUGUCCUGGAGAGGGACCUCCGGGAGCUAGGGGACGAGAGCGCCAGGAUGCUCGACGAGGUGGAGCGAUCGCUGGGCUCUGCGAGAGAGGAAGUCGGACACCUGCGAGGACAGCUGUCUGAGGCACGUCACCAGGCGGGAGCAACAGCGGCGGAGCUGGAGCAGGCCAAAGGAGACCUCGAGACCCUCAAAGAGACCUCCCGCUGCGACAAGCGCGAGCUGCAGGCAAGGGUGGACUCUUUGCAGGACGUGCUGGCGUCGGCCGCGAGGAGCACAUCCCACCUACCCAACGCGCAGUCGGCUGGAAAAGGCAGCCCGCUCUUCUCCGAAGAUCAGGGGGCCCCGUCCCCGUUGCUACCCCCCCCGCCUGACACCCGAGGGUCUUCUUCUUCUGCUGCUGGUGCUGCUGGUGCUGCUGGUGGCGGUGCUCUUGGAGUUGCUGCCACGGGCGUGAAGACGAUUGGAAGGGGCGCCGUGGAUGUGGAUGAGGGGGGGUUCGGCGUCUCCGCGGUGGCGGGCGGUAGUAGCCAAGGGGGGAGGGACCAGGGAAGAAUUGUCGGAGCUGAAGGGACGCGUGGAGCACGCAGAGGGGCCAGCGGUCAUGGAGCUGGAAGAGGAAGUGUCCCGAUUGCAGGGCCGGCGGCGGGGGCCGGGGGGGGGUCUUCGGGAGGGCGGAGGAGCGAACAGACGGAGGGGCAGCGCGCCGCCGCCGCGCGACUGAGGGCUUGGCAGGAGAGGCGGAGGAGGGAGGCUGGGACGGAGGCAGGGGGAAGAAGAAGAGAGCAGCAGCAGCUUGAACAGGCACCGCGAAGAGUCAGGAACUACAACGUCCGAGAAGACUAAUCUUAGUGUGUAGUGCGGGGCGUUUUUGAUUCACAGGAGGUGUAGUUGUCUUUUGCGGCUUGGAAGGUGAUUAGCUGAAUAAGUAUGUACGUGGCGUUUUUGAUUCGCCGCAGAUGCAGUUGUCUCUUUGUGGCUUGGAGGGUCAUUGGCUUUAGCCCCCCCCGACGAUCUGUGGUUCGGAGACUAUUAAUAAUAAACUGUUGGAUUUUCCCCGCGGCAUGUAGCCCAUUUUACGCAGAUUCCUAAAGAUGCAUUUUUUUGCGCUUCCGAUGAGUGGAGUCGAAGUGGUGGAAGUAUUUGUUAAUUUGUGUUCCGAAAAUCUAAUAUUUCGCGUCAGUAAUCUGUGGAAAAUUACCCCGUGUGUCAGCGAUAUGUUUUAUGGCGCCGAUGGUGCCAAGACCAAGGUGUGUGUACUGCACGCAGGAUCAUUUUUUCUAUUGUUAUUAAAACAGCCAGUAUUAUUCUUGUAUUUCUCUUGCGUUUUUUGUUGUUUUUCGUUUCGUGGCUUCAGUAUAUAUAACUCUUGCACGCCGACAGCCAGUCUUAAGUCUUGUUUUCUCUUGUAUUUUUUUUUUUCGUUUCGUGGCUUCAGUAUAUAACUCUUGCACGCCGG